AGCCCCAUCGCAUCCAACAUCAUUACUAGGGCCAGCUAUAAAACAGGAGCAGCCACCAGUGGCACUUUGUGGGCUUGGCGGCUUUGCCACUGCGCAGGCCACUAAUCCUUUCGUCUUCGUAAUGCAGGUUGGUGAACGUUUCAGCCUCUUUGCUAAAAAGUCUAACAACUACUUCUUAGUACAGCUGCCAAGCCCACAGUGCCUUAACGCUGUUCUUGCUGAUUGUUUUCAUGUCGUUUUUUCGCUGUUACUCCUACUUUCCGGUGAUAUAGAAACUAACCCCGGUCCGGAUAAUGCAGCUAUCCUCGCAGAGCUAAAGAAGAUAUCUACUGGCCAGUCCAAGCUUAUUUCUGAGGUUCAAGAUCUGAAAUCUCAGUUAUUAGCGACAGACAGAAAUGUAUCUGACCUCGGCAAACGAAUGGCCGUACUUGAAAGCCAUUACGAAAGCCUUAAAACACUUAAAACAGACACAGAAGUUCUCCGCGCCGACGCAACUAAAGCUACUCGCUUAAUUUCAAAACUGGAGGCACGUUUUGAUGAUGCGGAAAACAGAACGCGACGGAACAACUUGGUAUUCUACGGUAUCCCUGAAACUACACCUGAAUCGUACGCACAAUCAGAACAACUUAUCAUUAAACAUUGCCGCGAGCAUUUAGAUAUACACAUCGACACAAAAGAGAUAGAGCGCGCCCAUCGUCUCGGACGUCAUUCGAACGACAAACCCCGUCCAAUAAUAACAAAAUUCACAUUUUUCAAAACAAAAGAAACUGUCCUGUCGAGCGCCCGGAAACUAAAAGGUACCAAUUAUAGUAUUGGCGAAGAUUUUUCUCGUGCAGUUCGAAUUGCUCGCAGCCAGCUCGUUGCAUUUGCCAGAAAGCAAUCUGCCCCAUUUAAUCUGCGCUACAAAACAUUGCACAUCGGACCGAAGCGCUACGUGUUUGAUAGCGUAUCUGAAACUGUAAGAGAAGUGCUAUAGCAAUCGUCCACACGGAAAAAUGUGAUUACCCGCCCCCAAACCAUGCCAAGGAAUAACCUUUCAUUGUCUGUCAUAUUCACAAAUAUUCGCAGUUUCCUACCUAAGCGUGAACUCGUGUCUAACAUCAUGAUUUCUUCAAACAGCAGCAUACUUAUACUAACCGAAACGUGGCUUACCCCUGAUGUCACUGAUACAGAAGUACUUGCCGACUUGGCAGGUUUCCAAGUUUUCAGAAAUGACCGCAGAUGCACUCGAGGGGGCGGUGUCUUGAUUGCUGUGGGCCCCAAUUUAUCGUGCACACCAUUAGACAUCGUCUCUGAUCUAGAAAUGUUAUGGUUAAUUUUUCGCUCAUCGGCGCAAUCCGUUUUGCUUGGUGUUUGCUACAGGGCUCCGCAUACUUCACCUAACUUUGCAAGUGAGCUGAACAAUAUUCUGAGUGAUCUCGGUACUGCACAUCCAAAUUCACAUAUAUUGCUGUUCGGAGAUUUCAAUUAUCCUGGUAUCGACUGGCAGAAACUAGUUCCCUCAGGUGCGAACCACAGAGAAUUAAAGGAUUUUAUAGAAGUAUGUUUGAAUGCCAAUCUCACUCAGUUAGUAGGGGAACCAACGCGUGUUGCUGGCGUCAGUGCUAAUAUCUUGGAUCUUAUACUAACUACGAAUCCAGAGAGCUUAUCACACAUAACUUACCUGCAAGAAAUUAGUGAUCACAAAGUUAUCCACGCCGAGUUUUCGUUCUGCCUUGAACAGCACGAAAAACAUAAGAAAACAAUCCUUCUAUAUGAAAAAGGUAACUAUGACGCAAUUAACAACGAGCUUAGAAAUUUUUUCCCUUCAUUUGAAGCCCAAUUUUACAGCAUGCCUAUCCAGGAGAGCUGGGAGGUAUUCAAAUACAAAAUGCAGGACUUGACCAACAAAUUCAUUCCUAAAAUUACUUUCCGUGAAAAUCGCCAAAAGCCAUGGUACACCAAGACACUUAAAACAUUAGAAGGCAGAAAAAAGCGCUUCUUUCGUGCUGCUAAGGUAAGAGCAUCGGCUAAUGCGUGGCAGCGGUACUAUACUGCCGAGAAUGCCUACCUGAUUGCUGUGAGAAAUGCUAAGUUCAAAUUUUUCAACAACGAUUUGACAAAAUUGCUAAAUGAUAACCCGAGAAAAUUUUGGAAGGUCAUCAACCCUGUCGAAUCGCGCGCUAUCACUCUGACCAACGAAUUUGGUGAAACCAUCGGGGACCUCGA